AGUAAAGCCCGCGUCAGACGGUCUUCGCGCGCCGAGCUCUCCGGUCGCUCUCUUGACGAACUUGACACGGUGUGCGAAUCGACGAUCUUGACGACGACGACGACGACGAAGACAACAACAACGACUACGACGGCGAUUAUUUCGUAGGCGAAUCCGAGUUCGCGCAUCGACGAUAUAUCGCGCGACAUCGCGGGCACGCGCAUCAUUCGCGAGCUUAACAGCCGCCACGCGUCGAUUUCGGUGAGUUCGAGUUCUGGUGUUACUCCGCGGUCGCGAGACGCCUGGAUUCGCGAUCGGCGUCGGUCAGUUGCGCGAGUGUUUUUUUUGUGUGAUGUGCACGGAAGAAGCUACCAGCCGCCGCAAGAUGAUGCUGACGACCACCACCGCCUGGGCCUGUUUCUUCGCCGUGCUGUGUGCUACGACGGUUAAAGCAUCGAAGACGAAUAUGGUGAUAACUAUCGAGCCACGUAAUGAAACGGCCGUGCGGAUCGGCAACAGUUUGCAGAUUAUAUGUCGGGUUCCACGACAGAUUCACGUUUGCCGCGUGGAAAUACCCGGCGAGGCAAAUGCUAUCCUCUUAUCUCCAGGACAACCAGCGGAAGACGGCAUCGAGUAUUACGGCGAAGGUUUCGAAAGAGGUCACUGCGGCGUCAAAAUCGCUAAAGUGAAGGACACCAACGACGGUCUCUUCAAGUGUUCCGUGGCAACGACCGAUUCUCGGCAGGAGAUUACCGCGUCUCUAAAUAUCAUCGUCGCGAAACCACCAACGAACAUUAUUCUUAGCGUGAUGAAUCUUAAUCAUGGCGGACAGUCAUUCCGCGACGGACAGAAGAUUCUAGUGAGCUGUAACGUUACAUAUGGACGACCCGCGCCGAACAUAUCCAUAUAUCUCGAUAACGAGCUGUUGGAUAACAAGUACGUGUACGAUUCCGUAGAAGACAAUGAUAUGAAGAAUGUCACGCGUGAUUUGCAAUGGUCGGACAACGGAAAAACGUUACGAUGCGUAGCCAAUCACAUCGCUCUCGAUAAGCCCUUGGAAACUACUAAGACGCUGAAUGUAUUGUUUCCACCACAAGCACAAAAAAAUAUCGAGCGAUUCGGAUACGAGAUUGGCAGACGGGGCAUCGUCAACGCUACCAUUUAUGCGAAUCCCAAACCGCAUUUCGUGUGGCGAAUAGGCAACAAAGAGAUCAUCGCGGGUAACACCGACGAGGACAAUCGAUUGCAGACUUCAACCGCGUUAGACAUCGGAAAUGGAGGAUGGAAUGUAAUUUUGUCCAUCAACGUCGUUCAGAAGACCGACAUGGAGAAGAAGUAUCAAUUGGAGGCGCGCAACGAACUAGGGACGAAUUUUUAUGAUUUUAUUUUGUCGACAUCCGCAGAACCAUCGGGCGUUGAUUUGGACGCUGGAUCCAUCAUCGGUAUCGUCGUGGGCGUCAUGGUGCUCGUACUCAUUAUUUUCCUCGUAAUCUUUGCACGUGCGACCGGCCGCUGGUGUUUUGCAGCGAGACGUCGCGGCGAUGAGGAGACUGGGGGUGACGUCGGCGCCGGAAGCGAGGCGCACAUUACGCCCAGCGACGAGGAUGAGGAGGAUCACGAGGACCCGCGUAUCAUCGACGAGAAAAUACCGCAAGGAGGCCAAGAGAAUCCGAUACACGCGAGCACCGAAUACGUGAACGGCCGUACGGACAUUAAAGACGCCAAGAAGGACGAGAAGACGGACACGCCCGUUUAAAAGAAAGAAAUUCGGGCGUUUUCACGCACUUUCCUACACCGUCUCUUCUGAUUCUUCUUCUAUUUCUCCUACGCGCGGGAAAAAACCGAGCUGUCACGAUUUCCUCACGUUACAUCGGGCUUCAGCACAGUAACGACCCAAAGUUUCCCUCCGAUUUUCGUAUUUACGAGCGAGACGCGCGCAGAACGUUUUACACGCUAUUUAUCUCGCAUUUCGUUCGCAGCAAGACGAAUUGUUUCUGUACAAGACGAAUUACGUAAGAAUAGAAGCGCAUUUAAAACUUUUUUUCCGAUAAAAUAGAUAGAUAGAUAGACGUCACGCGCGUUUCGCUGAACCGCGCCUAAAACUAGCAUACGAUGCACGAUUUCAUAUCUUCUGAUACGUAUGUCACGUUGUAAGUAUACAAGGCUCCAAUAAUGUCUUCCAUUUUCGGUUAGGAUAUUUUGGUUCAGACGCAUUGUAUCUACAUAUUUUUGUAUCAUGACUAUUGGUUUUAAGAAGAAUCAACCGCAUCAAAUGUAACAAACGGUUAUAUACACGAUGAAUGCAUAUAUGCACUAUUACUGUUGCAUCUAAUGUAACUGAGUUGUCAAUUGUUCACAAAACCAACAGUCAUAUAUAAUAAUAUAAAAUAUAAUAUACAAAAAUAUGCAGGAUACGCUCGAGCUAAAAUACUCUAACCGGAAAUAGAAAACAUGAUGUCCUGUGCAGUUCAGUUCACUGCAGGAAUUGCUACCAUACAUUGGGCAAUCUAUGUUCUGAAUUGAACUGUCUAUAGCGUACCAGUCCGCAUGCAUGUCAAAAGGGAUAAAAUCGUGCAUUGUGUGACACCGGUUUCAGAGUAUCGAUCAUGCAUCUUUUUCCUAGUGUGCAAAGUGAAAAGUUUCACGUGAAAAUGUUCAUCCUUUCAUUGUUCAAAAAAUUGUAUGAUCGCAAAAGUCGUCGAGUUCACGUAAAACUGUUCGUUUUUCACGUUUUCGAUUUUAGGAAAAAGUUACAUGAUCGCUACCUAGAGACGAACUGCGUUCUGCUAGCGCGUCGCGUUCGCAUUAUUCUUCGACAGCAGUUGAUUCAAAAACGACGGCAGUCUUCAAAAACGACCAUAGGUGUUCGCGUCGGUUAAGCUCGAUUCUCAGCCCGUCGACAUUCGGCUACGACGCAUCGAAUCUCCCCUUCGUCGGCCAGUGAAGAUACUGUUCAAUAGAUCUGGCUUUCUUUUUAUUUCUUCUUUGAUAGACAGAUUUUCGCGAGCCGACAGGGCGAAUUAAGUUUUAGUCGCGAUUUGUUUUUGAAUAAAAUUAACGAUUUUAAUGGAUUUUUUAACAGCGUUAAACACAUAAUUUAAAAAAUACUCAAUAUUUUAAACGUAGAACUUCCUCUUAAGAGAAGCAGAGAUCUGAUGCGUAGAAACGCGAAUCUCAAUUUUUUUAUAUGGAUCUAUGAGUGUGUCCGAUCGGGAGAUUUUUGCCGCGAUACGCUCGCUACUGGACAGAAGACACAUGUGGUUCCCAUGGUGGACUUAGCGAUGAUUAUAAAGUAGUUAUUACAAAUUUCUGGGGACGCGCCUUUUGUCCCCAUUGACAGCCACGAUAGGCAUCCUCACGACGAACCGAACAAAUCAAAUUGUGCAACCGAUCUUUUUAUAAACAAGACACACGAGACGACACACGUUCGUUUACGCGCGACGAGACAUUACGCGUGCACGCGCGCACGUGGGGAUUUGCGCGAGUCGCGAGAGGGAAAAUGUUUCUCCGCUUCUACCGGAUCAGGUCCCACACCCCACGUAAAUUUCACGAUAUUCGGGCGAAUGCAUUCGUGCAAGGAACGACGUGGGCGCGUACCAUUAACGCUAAGGCAAAGGAACACAUUCCGCGAUAAGAUAUUUCUUUCUCAAUUGUAAGUAGGAAUGUUUUUGUGAACGUAAAUCUUUGUGAAAUCUAUCUCUAUUACUGUGAUCGUAAUGUUUUUCGGUUUCGUGCGUGUUGUAACAACGCGUUUUCCGCGUUAACUUUCGAGGCAAUUAGAUUAUCGAGUCCCGGUGAAAAUUUCUAGGAGUUUCAACACAGUUGAUCGCGACACGCACUUAUUUGAAUGAAUUGACCGGGUUUUAAUGCGUGCUCAUACAAUAGUUACCGCGGUAUCAAAACAGAAUAUGCAACCGAACAACGAGAACAAUUGCCAUGCAUAUAUGAGUGGAAGGAAGAUUUUUACGAAAUUUCGAACGACGUUUCCAUCGAAGGUGCGGUCGCGUUUCCGUAUUAUUAACCACAACUACAAAUUUUUCCAUGCCUUUUGUACUGUAACAUUUUUACGAACGCUGUAACAUUCCCGAAGUGCGUUUUACUUACGUGCGUUUUAUCGGAGAGUGAGAACUUUUUACACAUAAGUUACAUAUAUAUAAAUAAAUAUAUGUAUAGUACAAUAAGAUCAUUGCGCGGACGUACGGAAUGUUGCGUAAGUUCCUAAACAGGGUUACAACGUUACGCAUUGUUCACCUAAUUCCAAAGAGUUCGAUGCUAAGGAUACGUACACGCAGGGAAGUCUGUCAACCGGUUCAAACGAUAUAUUGAUUAUUCCGAAAUACGAGUUCAAUUAGGCAUUCGAAAUUUUUUUUUUUCUUUUUUCUUUGUAUGAUAUUGCCCACCCCAUUUCCUUGUUUUCCCGACUUACGCAACUUACGAAACAUACUGUAUAUAUAAUUGUAGCGACUAAAUGUCCGUAGAGGGACGUUUCGAUAAUCUGUAUUAAAUACAACUUUAUAAGAUAUGAAUUGCAUUCAGAGAAUCUCAUUUACGAAACGAUAUAUAGAUGUGUAAUGAUUAUUCCGUUUUAUAAGAAAACAGAGCAAUUUUAUAAUAGCGUCUUAGUAUGACAAAUACGCUCGAUCAGACCGAUUGAGAGACGUAAAAAAUCGAGCACUGAUAAGAUUUAUAUAAUAUUCUUGCGACAUAAAGGAUGUGUGUUUUAAAACUAUCAUACGAUAUAUUAACAGCUCAUUCCGUAGCUUAAUUAGAAUCGAAAAUCGUCGAAACAUAUAAGUACAAUUGUAAGCGUGUAAAAUUACGCGGCCAUAUGAAUUAGUUACUAUGGGAUCUCGACGCUUUUUUAUAUUAACUGACUCUAAUCAAUCUGCAGAGUAUAUAAUCGUUCUCUUGAGUCAAUAUUCAUAGUUGUGUGAAUUAUAUACAAUAUUCCAUUGAGAAAAUACUUAAUUCUAAAUUCGUAUUCAUAUAUCUAUAUUCAACUGUUCUAAUUAAUAUUACUUGUAUAAAAUAUAUUGAUGAAUAAUUAGUAGACUAUGAAUAUCGGCUUUAGUCUUCUUAUUAAAAAUCAGUGCGACUUAUGUUUACACAUGCAUUAUAUAAAAUAUUCUAUGAGUGUUGAAAUUCAACACUCACCGUUUUCUGUUGAAGUCCAGCAAAGUCCAUUCAAGAUCGUGUCUGAGUCGAAAUCUUAUUUCUAACCAAGCAAAUUCCAUGGAAUUUGAAAGACUAGUGAAUAAUCUCAAAAUAUAACAUUUUUCAAGCUAUUAUCCUUUGAUGGUAUAUAUGCUACUUUAUUGACUGCCGUUUUCUCCAUAUUGAAGCUUAGAUAAGGAUUUAUUUAAGAAUUAUUUAAUAUUUAAUUGUCUCGAUAUUCUUUACCUGCAUUUUAUUUUUAUUCUUAAUUUUAACAAACAAUUUGUUAAUUGUGUAACUUAACUGCAGAUAGAAUAUAUAAAAUAAGCAAAUAUUACUUAUUUUAAUAAAAAUUAGUAAAUAAAUACAUAACUCUUUAAAAGAGACAAUAUUUUUUCCCAUAAUUAAUUUAUUAUUUCUUUUCUUGACGUAGAAAAUUGGUAUAAUUUGAAAAUUCAAAAGAACACACACAAGAAAAAGAAAAUUAUUAAAUUUAAAAUAAAAUUUGCAGUUCAAGAAGUACUAUUAACAUAUUGACUGCCGUCUAAUUUCUAUUGAUUGUAUAAAAGCUUAACUAAUGAUUAAAUUAUAUCAAGUGUACAGUACAUUAAUGCAAUUUGAGACAUAUGUAUAAUUUAUCUCGUUUCAAUAUUUCUAUUAGUCAUACAACCACUUUUUCAAAUUAAUUGUAUUUUAUAUGUAAUGUGUGUGUAACGAGAAAGAUGUGUGGUCCCAGUGAACACCAACUACAUUCUAUCAGACAAAAAUAUCUAAAUAUUUAUUUGGUAUUUUGGAUUUAUUUGGAUACUAACAGUAUAUUCACUUAAAUCUAAAUUCUUUUAUUUAAAUAAAAUAAAUAAUUACUUUAAUUAACUAAGAUUUUCCUGAUGUUUUAAGAAAAUGCAUUCUUUUUUUCAAAAAUAUCUUAUGUUAAUAUGAGUAAAUAUAUUUUUUUGUAAUACCCACCAACUAAAUAUUUACUAUUCCUUAGAUAUUUUUUCUCUCAGUAUAACAGUGACAUUACAUCAAUGUAUAAUUUACCAUUCAAGAAUGCAAUUGUUACAUAGCACAAGUAUUGUAUCACAAUUUACAUUGUUGAAUGAGAAAUGAUAAUAUUGAUAUGACGUAGCUAAUGGUUGGUAUUUACUGGGAUGCUAUUAUAAUACUGGUUACCUAUGAUAGUCAUAACAAUCAACAUCAAUCUGUUAAUGGCAGUCAGACUCACAGUAAAUCCUAAAUUUCGACUCAGGCACCAAAUUUGUUACUGCAUCCCCUAACGGAACUACGUUCCAUAUUCAGCAUUCCGUAGCGACCACGGAUUCCGUCGUAUACAUCGUUGACCGCAUAUCGCUUUCACUACACUCGCGACGCGAUUUGAUUUUAACGAUUUGAACGUUUUACAAACAUUCUUUAUUGUUUCUUCAAAAAAAAAUUAUAAAGUCGAUUAACGUAAGAAACAGAAUCGAUAUUUAAACGAUACGAUCGAGUUUCUGGCACAUUGGAACACUCACGUUACGAAAUGUUUCGGGAAAUUCUUACUCGCGAAUUCUUGUAUAUUGAAGAUCGACUGCGACAUUGAACGAUAUCAAACACGAACCAAUGGCAAGUGACGUGUAUCUCUAACGUACGAUGGUUAGGCGCGAUAUCUCAACAAAAGUUACCUGUAAAGAUUUCGCGAACACUGUCGCUUAAUGUGUCAGUGUCAAUUUCACUUUAAUGUUUCUUUGCGUUUGCUUUAACGAAAUUCAAACUCACUUCAAACGAAAACACGACCGAGAAUAAGAAAUCGUAAACAAGAAUGACUAGACCGCCAAAACAAUCAUGGCGGCUCUAAUAUAACUUGUUUCACGCUUGGUGGCGCAACACGUGUCAUACAUAAUAUUCAAAAUAAUUAAAAGAUCGUACUGAAUGAAUAAACACACUUGAAUAUACACUUGAAUUAAUUUUAUAAGUUAAAUCAUAAAUAUAUAUAUGUGAAUAAAUAAUGAAUUCAUUACGUAUAUUAAUGUUUUCACUAAAAAUUCAUAUUAAAUAAAAUAAUUCAUAUUAAAUAAUACUAAGCGAGAUAUUUAAUAUUUUAAUUAAAUUUACAGACAUUUGAAAGAACGUUCCGCUAAUUAUCUUGAAUGAUAUUUUAUAUGACAAAAUAUGUUGGCAUGAAAAACUAGCAAAAUAAGUCGCACUGAUUUCAACAAAAUAUAUUUAAGCACCCAUCACCUUAAAUUAUCAUCCAUUUUUCUCACUCACCAAACAUCUGCAACUCAGAGUAGACCACGUUCCGCUAUGUCAAGAUCUGAAACAGAUGAAAGACACGACUGUAUUACAAUUUAGAAUAGUUUAACGACCGGGUGCGUCUACAAAUAUGAAUUAACUCUUUCGCUCAUAAUCCAAAUUAUUUCAAUAGUUUUCUCUCGAUUUUAAACUCAAAGAAUUAAUAAGAGAAAUAUAACGAAUCUGUAAAUUUACCUUCAAGCCGACUCUGCUUGGCCCGAGCCGGAUCCUCCGGAAUAGCAUUCCCGGAAUCGUAUCUGCUUGUCGGCUGCAACGUCUAUUUUAUCUGAAACAAGAAACAAUUUGUCCUGAUUAAUUACAGUAAUCUCAAAUAAUAAUUCGGCAUAGAACAUUCAAAAAUACAAGAGUUUAGACUGUAUUCUCUUUUAAAAUUUAAUAAAACUCAAGUGUGAUAAUCACCUAAAAUCAGUUUCGCUCGGUUUUCGUUAUUCACGAUGAUCUCGGUGUGCGAAAUGUAACGCGAAUACCGUAUCAUCACGUUAACUCUAAUCGCGUAAUAAAAUCGAAAAUAAUGAGCGACACCGCUUCAUGUGCUCACUCACUCACGUCCGCGACUAUUAUGGCCCUACGCGUGUUUGACUCAAGUACCGAGCGCGCGGAAGGUCGCGCGGACACCAACACAAUACGCGAUUGCGACUAGCUCAUGCGGAGCGUAUCGAAAGAACAAUGCAUUCAGUGAGAUGUUCCGAAUAAAAUCGAAUAAAAUCGAUUAAAAUCGAAAAUUGAAUAAAAUUGAAAAUUUCAAAAAUCUGACUUAGAGUUGCGCAAGAAAGUAAACUUCACUCUUCGAAAAUCAUGUAUCAGAUUUGACAAUUUUCUUCAAAUCAGAUAUAAUUCUAUGUCUAAUUAACCAAUUAAAAUUGGAUUAAAUUAAAGUGACUAAAAUAAUUUGAAAAAACAGUUAAAUCUAUUAUUGGCAAUCACAACUUGCUAUUAUCAGUCAAUCGUCAUGUAAGAUAAAAAUAUCAAUUCCAGAACACGGAAUGUCCUAAUCCUGGACAUUGUUUUAGUCUUUAAAUACGAAUAUUUAAACUUUCAACAUAGAAGAUGUAUGUACAUACUCAAUACUUGUAUAUAUUUUAUGUUGAAAGUUUAUUUUAAAACUAGAACAAUAAAAGAAUGUCCAGGAUUAGAUACAUGUUUAAGUAUUGAUACUUUUGCCUUACACACAUGAAAUCGCGAGGCAAAAAUAACCAGGCUAAAGCACGAUUGAAAAUUCAUGUCGACUGAGUUGCGCGCGACAGUUUUAAAAAUGACAAAUGACUUCGCAGUACACAUGUCAUUAUGAGUUUGAGCGUGAAUUUUACACGAUAAUUGCUGGCCAACUUUGCUCACAACUCGAAAACUAUCGUUACCUCGUCAUUUUCAUGUUACGAUGCUCGAUAUUAAUUAAGAUCCUAGAAUGUGCCAUUAAAGUAUCGUAUGGUAGUUUUGGAACAUCCUGCAUAAAAAAAUUAUACAACAUUGACUGCCUCCGUUUGUCGUAAUUUUUCUUAUUCUACGUGUUUUUUAUGAUAUAUAAUGCGGCUAUUUGUAAGCGAUAUUUGCGAUUAUCUAAUUACGCAAUUUUGAUACGAGAAACAUGUUUCGGUUUUGAAUAAAAAUUCGACUCACUUUUCGCAACGACACGCGCAGCCCUGUUUCGCUUUGUUGUGGACGGCAAGUAUAACUAAUACACUGCACAAAAGUCGAAUCAUAUCCAGAGCGACGACAUGAGUUUCUAAGUACAAUUGCGAUAAUCAAAUCUUCGAAAGCUGUCAUGUAAUAUUACAAUUUUUUAAAAGAGAUACGUAUUGCGUAUUAUUGCACGACGAAUUAUUCUCGCUGUAUCGAGAGUGAAUCGCCGUGUGCGGUGUGUUAAGUAUAUUUCUCGAUCAAAAUGACACAUAUCCUACAGGAUCGUCGUAAGAAAUUUUUCAUCAAGUUUUAAAAUCAAUUUUGUAUUUAAUGAAACGUAUUGCGAAAGUUUAGGCAUGAUACAUCUACAGAUAUCAGGACAUGCCUAGAAAUCCGAUUCCUCGAGAAACUCAUGACAAAAUUAUUAUUUAAUUCAUUCUUCAAGGAAAUCCCAGAUCAAUUUUUAUCUGACAAAACCUGAUUUCCAGGUUUAGUUAACAUGAUAUUUACCGUUAAGAAACUCCCGAGCGACUCUCAUGCUGAAAAGAGAGUACAUCUCUAUUCAUGAUAGAAUGCGGUCUUACCGAGUUUGAUAUAAACCUUAAGAGGCUUGUAUCUAGCCACAUCGAGCACACUUUCUGUGGCACGUUAAUGGGGCUGCGAGUGGGACUCGUUCGCGAAGUGAGUUUCGCGAAUCCUUAUUGUUGUUGUCUUUCGACAAUAAGUAUCGUUUGUACUUUCGUAUCGGCAAGUUCUCCUUAGCUAUCACCAAACGUAACUCUAUCAAUUCCCGAACACUUUGCAACACGUGCGCACACGUACACGUCACGUACACACGAACACGAACGUAGGUCUCGUCGGCAUCGCGUAAAAAUGACUUAGGAACCAAAGGAUAUGAAUUCUCGCAUGUACCAUUGGUCGAUAACAUGCAUUUCCGAAAUCCGCACACGUACACGUACCCACAAACCUACAUCUUCAUCGUUUUCCCGGAUGCGAUCGUGUUUCCACUUACUAGAAGGCCCGUGUCGGCCGAUGGAUAUUAUCGAGGUUCUCCUCAGAGAAAAAGUGAUUAAGCGAACGCAGUAUAUAAUUAUGAUAGCGGUACAAUCGUGCGAUGCGUUCGCGAGAGGUGACGGACAAAUUUCGACGGGAGAGAACAUCGAUUGCGGUUCGUCGGCCGACGGUCGAAUCUACUGCGUGUUGUACAUACUAAAUAUAUAUAUAAAUAAAGAUAUAUAAAUAUAAAAAUAUAAAUAUAAAUAUAUAUAUAUAUAUAUAUUAUAUAAAUAUAACACGGUACGCGCGCGAGAUCGAGGAACGGUACCGGAUAUAUAAAUAUAUAUAUAUAUUCUGUGUCGAAGGCACUUGGCUUGCAACUCGUGAAUGCCGAUCGAGUAUAAGUAACUCACUUAUCCAUUUGCACUCCAAUUGCCGUGCGACCUGUCGUUAUCCGCGAAUUUUUCAGGGUGAAAGAUAUUAUCGGGCAAGAAUGAUAUGAUAUUUACUUAAAGGAAGUUGACGAAACUUUGAGGGGUACGAAAGAGCGACACGUGCGAGGAGGCGUAACGGAGCGGCAUGCGCGGAAUUAAUGGACAAGUAUCGGUACUCGGAAACUGGAGCUGCUGAAUGUCACAGCGUCAUUCGCAACUAGACUAGACAGACGCACGUCCUACAUCCGAAAACGCGAGUCUUCCUUACAGCCGCGCGGUAAAAGGAAGGAAACGUUACGUGCUCGGGGGCAUUUAUUCCUUGCUCUCUCUUUUCAACCGUAUUCGAAGCUUUUUUAUUUUCUACUCUCUAUUUCUCGGUCAUACACGAAUGGAAAGUUUCUUCUUCUUCUGCUUGACCUCCGUCCUUCUAUUUCCUAGCCGAACGCUACGGAAUAGAAGCAAAAGGAAGAAAGCGAUAUGGGAACGAUAGGUCAACAACAUUGGCCGUUCUACUUCCGAGUUAUCGAUACAUCCGCGUGUACAUUGCCAUUGGGAACUCCGUUCGAUGAGGUCGGCACGUUGUUCGCGCCGUCACAGAGGCUGUCACUUUUCAACCCGAAUAUAUCGAUCUGUUAGUAUAUAUAAUAUAUAGUAUAAAUAUAUAUAUGUGUAAUUUUUUUUAUGCAUUAUAUAUGUAUAAUCAUGGUAAUAUAUAUUAUGUAUACUAAUGUCCGUAUGUUAGUAUAUGUAAUAGAGCCUAAACAAGAAAAAGGGGAAAUCGCGCGUUUACCUAAGAGAUAAAAAGAAAAAAAAGAGAAACUAGAAUACGCAGAAGUCGUUUCGUCUCCGCAACACGAAUGACAUCGCGACGAUCUUGUUGCAGCGGAAGCGAAUGUUGAUGCAACGCCACACAGGCGACCCAAAUCUUUUAUAUACGCCACAUGAGUAUGAGCAUUUUCAAUUUUUAAAUAUUUCACAACACUCCGUAAAAAAAAAGCGGAGAAGAACAAGAGAUUACGCACAGUUUUCCGGAAAAAAGAACAAUGCGACGAAAGAACUGACUGAAAAUGAUGGAUAAUUCAUUCAAAAUCUGUCCUAGGCUAGGUGUACACUUGAGGUUCUCAUUAUCGAGACUUUCUCUUGAAACAUGAAAUUUUUGAGUCUAUACAGUAACAGCGGUUGACUACUGUUGAGAGGCAAAUUGGAUUUUGAAUCACUCUUUCGAACACUAUACUUUAAAUUACGAUAUACAUCGGAAUAAUGAGAUCUAUCAAAAUCUUUUAUUACCCGUCGGUUAAAUUUGGAAACUCAAACAGCCGAGACGUCUACACUGAGAGAAAAAAAUGGUUGGCUUAAGUAAAAUUACUUUUGAGCCCAACGAUAUUUUUUGGUUGUUCUAACACGAAAAGUAACAACAUGCAUUUAAGGUUAUGAUUACUAACAUUAUAGUACGAUUUAAUUAAAAAAUAGUUUUCUUGGCCAUACUUUGUAGUAAUUAUUACUCUAUAUUAUUACUCUAUAAAUAUUAAAUAAUAAUAAUAUUACUUUGUAGUAAUUAUUACUCUAUAUGAAUAUAGUUACAAAUAUCUUUUUCUCAGUGUGGAAAAAAUAGAAGAGUGAAAAUGAUUUUUAGUUUUAAUGACAAUUUUCGACUUGAAUCAGGUUAUAAUCUAGAAUUUGUCUAAGAGAAGAUUUUCGACUUGAAUCAGCCUGUCAAUUUUAUUCAGCCGCUCUUAUUGCGCUUAGAGAGCUAUUGUAGUGUAACUGUUUCCAUAUGAAACUCACGAGAUUAAGUCGGCUCGAACAGGUCCAGAGAGACGAUAGCAAAAACAACGUCGAAGAUCACUGCCAAAAUACGUGAACCGAUAUAUAAGAUUUUUUGUCAUAUUAAAUGCCAUAAGAAAGAGAAAUAGAGAAAAAGAAAGAGAAUAUCGCGUACACCCUUCGUCUUAACUGUAAGUUACAAAGUAACAUUUCUAUUCGCUAAGAAUGACUAUUCAAACCGUAAGAUCUGCGCUUUUCUAACUUUAAUCGAUGUUUGCGAAUUGCGUGACAAGUAUCGUCGUAGACCGCGGAUUUUUUCUCUCGAUUCUUUACAACGUGCUAAUCAAUUUAUUAUUCGAUUCGUUCCGACCGUACGAUUACUAGAAACGUAGUUUCGCGGUUAAGUAUUGUAAGAUUUACAAAGCGAAAAAAACGAAGGAAAACCAUACGCUAAUAUAUAUUUGCGUACAAAAUUCCCCGUAAUACAAUUUUAUAUUAACACAUUUCUUUAAUUUUGUGUAAUUAACUUUUAUUAUAGGAUUAUUCAAUUGUAACAUGUAAUUAUACUCGUAACGUUUACGACUUAAAUCUCGAUGAUCAUGCUAUAUGAGGAUAUAUAUAUAUACAUAUAUAUACAGACGUAAAUACGGGCGUGUAGAGAUACAGAUGUAUGGCGUACACGUUCGAUCGCAUUUUUCGUUGCAUUUGUCUAGGAGUUAAAUGAACUUGUAACUAAAAACAUGUAAUAUUAACAGAAAGAUGACAUUACACGUUAUUAAGGAGCAUGAUCGUUGGCCAUAACAAAAAUGGGGUAUAUAUAUUAUAUAUAUAUAUUAUAUAAAUAUAUUUAUGUUAACGUAUAUAAGUCUCUGUAGGUAAGGUGAUAAAAGUGCGAUGGCGGCGCCGAUUCGCCGGAUCGCGGAUAUUAAUAAAUUACCUGCAAUUGGUGUUCUUUGAAGCAUUGUUUGGGAGCCACCGAUCGCGCGGGAUCGCGCAGCGACCGGGAAAUUGAGUUUUGCGUGGAGCCUCGUUGUCUCGUUAUUACCAAUUAAGGGCCCAAUCGAAACGGCGCCGUUGGCGAUCAGUUUCGAAGAUCGCUACUUUCUAAUUAAGCUGAAGGCUUUAAACGCGGUUACACACGGUCACGAUUAAAGGAAAAAACAAGAAAGAACAGAAAACGAAACAACCGUUGCAACCGCGCGUAAACGAGACACGAGCGAGAACGAGAACAUUUUGUAUCUGUACUUGUAGAUACAAUGCGAUAGGCACACAAGAGUAAAUCUAAACUAAGGAUUCAAAUGAAAUUAAUAUAUAGAAGAGCUGUAUGUAAUUAAUUAUAAGUUCAUUCGUCGCUAUGAUAUUAUACUUAGGUAUCGUAUGAUUUUUGAAAUAAAACAUUUGUUUUAAAUACA